UUUGUUUCCGGGAACACAGCGGCAGCACGCGAGCUUGGCGGGACAGUGUGUUAAUUCAACACAGGCUCCCGGUUUAUAACUAUUGUGAGCACUGUCUGUUCGAGCUCGCCAUGCCUUCCAGCUUGGGCCCCAGCAGUGUGGCAGCCGCGCUGCAAGAGGGUCUGGAAAAUUCAUCUCGACUGGUUGACCGUCACUUGCAGGAAGAUCGCUGUUUUCCUGACCUGUCAGAGCUGCUCAAUGUACCCUCACACAAUAUGCCCUCUCUUUCUGGUGUGUCUGACAUGGAUUAUCCGCUACAAGGCCCUGGUCUUAUCAGUGUGCCAAAUUUACCAGAGCUGAGUGCCGUCCGCAGGGUCCCUCUGCCCCCGGAGCUGGUGGAGCAGUUUAGCCACAUGCAGUGCAAUUGCAUGAUGGGAGUUUUCCCUGAGAUCAGCAGGGCAUGGCUUACAAUCGACAACGAUAUAUUUAUGUGGAACUACGAGGACGGAGGCGAUGUGGCGUAUUUUGAUGGUCUCAGUGAAACUAUACUUUCGGUCGGGUUGGUCAAACCAAAGGCAGGGAUUUUUCAGCCUCACAUCCACUUCCUGCUGGUGCUGGCUACACCUGUGGACGUGGUUAUACUCGGAUUGAGCUUCCCUAAGAGUCAGACAGGGUUAAACGACAGCAUGUCAGGAGCCAUGCAGCUCCUGCCCGACCCCCUCUACUCCAUCCCCACGGACAACACCUACAUGCUGGCCAUCACCUCCACAGACCUGGGACGCAUCUUCCUUGCCGGAAAGGACGGCUGCCUGUACGAAAUCGCCUACCAAGCCGAAGCCGGGUGGUUCAGUCAGCGUUGCAGGAAGAUCAACCACUCAAAGAGCAGCCUGUCUUUCCUCAUUCCGUCUCUGCUGCAGUUCUCCUUCUCUGAAGAUGAUCCAGUUGUUCAGAUUGCUAUCGACAAUUCACGCAACACCUUGUACACGAGAUCAGAGAAAGGUGUGCUGCAGGUGUAUGAUUUGGGAGCUGAUGGCCAGGGAAUGAGCCGAGUUGCAGCCAUGUCUCAAAACUCUAUUGUCACAGCCGCUGGGAACAUCACCAGGACCAUCGAUCGCUCUGUUUUUAAACCGAUCGUCCAGAUCGCUGUUAUCGAUCGCUCGGAGUCGUCAGAUUGCCAGCUCUUGGCUGUAACGCACGCUGGUGUACGUCUAUACUUCAGCACCACUCCAUUCGCUCCACCCAAUGCCAGGCAGAUCGUUUCCCGGCCCAGCCUCCUGGCUUUGGUUCACGUUCGUCUGCCUCCUGGAUUCUCAGCCUCUUCUACACUGCAGAAGCCUUCUAAAGUACACAAGGCUCUCUAUAACAAAGGCGUUCUAUUGAUGGCCGCCUCCCAAACGGAGGACAACGAUAUUCUGUGGUGCAUAAACCAUGACUCCUUCCCCUUUAAGAAACCUCUCAUGGAGGCUCAGAUGACCUCAAAUAUAGACGGGCACUCGUGGGCCCUCUCUGCCAUAGAAGAGAUGAAAGUGCCCAAAAUUGUCACCCCGUUAAAUAAGGACUUCAUCCCACUCACAGAUUCUCCGGUGGUGGUUCAGCAGCACAACAUCCCUCCUCAGAAAUUUGUCCUCCUUUCUGCCCAGGGAAGUCAUAUUUUCCACAAACUGAGACCGGUGGAUCAAUUGCGCCAUCUGCUGGUGAGCAGUAGUGGUGGGGAGAGUGAUGAAAUCGAGCGAUUCUUCAAACUCCAUCGGGAAGAGCAGGCCUGUGCCACUGCUCUGAUCCUGGCCUGCUCUACUGCUGCCUGUGACAGAGAAGUUUCAAUGUGGGCCACCCGAGCUUUCUUCAGGUAUGGAGGAGAGGCUCAGAUGCGGUUCCCUUCUGCCAUGAGCGCACCGAGCAAUGUUGGCCCUCUCCUUGGUUCACCUGUUCCAGGAUCACCUCUACCUGUUGGUAGUCCUUUUCCUAAUCCCAGUUUUCUAGCUACACCAGCUCCAGGUAUGAUGCCUCCGAGCGUGUCUACUCCCUUCAUCCCUGCCACUCCUAUGAGCCCUGUUAACGCCGUAAUGCCUGCAAUGUCCUCUGGUCCCGAGGUCCUUUUUUCUGGAAAACACAACGGCAUUGUUAUUUACUUCUCACGCAUACUCGGCAACAUCUGGGACGGGAGCCUGGUACUGGAGCAGCCGAUUAGUAAAGGAAGCCAAACUGUGCUUGUUAUGGAGAGCACUGCAUGUUCCUCUGACCUGGAAGCAGUUCUGGUAGAUCUUCAAGGCCUGAAGGAAUUCAUUGAUAAGAACUCGCAGUUUAGCCCCACGUCCAUGGGUGCAGCCAGUUUCAGCUCUCCGGCAAACCUGCAGCAAAGGCUGCUGGGAUUCAUGCGUCCAGAUGGCACCAGCUCUCAGCAAGUCCAGCAAGAGCUCCAAAGGAAAUACCAUACUGAAGCUCAGGUCUAUGAGAAGAUGUCACUGCAGGGCAUCCAGCAGCUGGUGCAUCGCUCCUUUCAGACUCUGGCUCUUUGGAAGCUCCUGUGCAACCAUCAGUUUAGCCUCAUCGUUUCUGAGCUGCCCAAGGAUUACCAGGAGCAGCUUAAAGCCAUCAGCUUUAAGGAUAUCGUAAUCCGCGGCCGUGAACUGACCGGUGCGCUCAUCACCGCCCUCAUUAACGUGUACAUCAAAGACAGCGCCUCCGUGGACGCCAUCAGCACCCUUUUACGAGAAAUCUGUCCUCUCCUGUACAGCAACGAUGAUAGUGUCUGUUCCAAGGCUAAUGAGCUGCUGCAGAGCUCAAGGCAGAUCCAGAACAAGGCAGAGAAGGAGCGGACGCUCAAGGAGUCACUGCGUCUGUACCAACAGAUCAGCAAUCACACAGACCUCCCGCUGGUCUGCUCACAAUAUCGACAAGUACGUUUCUACGAGGGUGUUGUCGAGCUGUGCCUUACAGCUGCUGAUAAGAAAGACCCCCAAAAGUUGGGACCCCACUUCUAUAAGAACGGUGAGCCUGAGGAGGAUGCUGUCGGGCAGCAAGCCUUUCAGGAAAGGCUGUCCUGUUACAAAUGCAUCACAGACACCAUGCAGGAGCUGGUAAACCACAGCAAGGCAGCUCCACAGUCCCCCAGUGUGCCUAAGCAGCCCGGGCCUCCGGUUAUGACCUCCGACCCCAACAUGCUCAGUAAUGAGGAUGCUGCUGCCCAUUUUGAACAAAUGCUUGGCUUAGCUCAGAGGUCACAAGAUGAACUGUUCCACAUCGCACUGUACAACUGGCUGAUCCAGGCCGACCUCACUGACAAACUCCUGGAGGUCAACUCUCAGUACCUUGAGGAUCAUUUAAUGCACAUGAUAAAGCAGGACCAGAACAAAGUGCGCAACAUGGACCUCCUGUGGCGGUAUUAUGAGAAGAGUCGAAGCUUCGGCAAAGCGGCCCACGUCCUGGCCAGGCUGGCCGAUAUGCACAGCACAGAGAUCUCUUUACAGCAGAGGCUGGAGUACAUCUCCCGUGCCAUCCUUUCAGCCAAGAGUUCGUCCUGCGUCUCCUCGAUGGGAGCCGACGGAGAGUUCCUGCAUGAGCUGGAAGAGAAGAUGGAGGUGGUGCGGAUUCAGGUGCAGAUCCAGGAGACGUUGAGGAGACAGUACUCCCAGCAUCCGUCUGUCCAGGGAGCCAUAUCUCAAUUGGAUUUGGAGUUAAUGGAUAUCACAAAGCUUUAUGGGGAGUUUGCCGACCAUUUUCGGUUGUCUGAGUGCAAGCUGGCCAUCAUUCACUGUGCUGGACACUCGGAUCCUAUUUUGGUUCACUCUCUGUGGCAAGAGAUUAUGGAAAAAGAGCUAAACGACAGCGUGGCUAUGAGUCCAGCAGACCGUAUGCGAGCCCUGAAUCUAAAGCUGAUCUCCCUGGGGAAGCUGUAUGCAGGAACACCACGAUAUUUUCCACUGGAUUUUCUGGUCAAGUUUCUGGAACAAGAAGUGUGUAAGCUGAACUGGGACGUGGGCUUCGUCACCUACACAAUGCAAGAGAUCGGCAUCCAGCUUCCACGUCUGCUGGAAGUAUACGAUCAGCUCUUCAAAGCCCGGGAUCCAUGUUGGCAGCGUCUGAGGAAACCUCUGCACCUGGUGGAGUGCAUCCAUGUGCUCCUGUCAGGUUACGUAGACGAGCCGAGCCGAGUGCCCACUUACGACAGACGACGUUUCACCAACGUGUGCUUGGACAACAUCUGUGGCUAUCUGGUGGAGCUUCAGUCACUGAGCCCCAGCGCCGCCCUGGAGGAAAUCAUCCGCAACUUUAAAUCUCUACAGGCCAAGCUGGACAAACUUCAUUGAGUCCACUUCGGGGAGUGCGAAGGGGGGGGGGGGCGUCUCAAGUUACAUGGAUUAAAUAUAUGCACAGACUUUCCUACACAGCUUUUUUCAUCGGGAUCUGAGGUGAAAUGUAGCACUAAAAGACAUGACAAUACAGAAUAAAAGUUCACACGUAUGCCUUUGCAUAUGCAGCUUCAACAUUUUAACACUCAGAUUUACGGAGUUACCUCUCGUUGUGCCUGCAAAAAUUCUUUUGUUGGUUGUUUGGCUAUACAGAGAUGAUCAUUUGUGUGUGUGGCAUUGUGUUUAUGCGAGAGCUUCUUUCCUGCCAGGCUUCACAAAUAUUUUGGUCAUGCGUGUUAAAAGGUUUGGACAAAGAUAUUUGUUUUAGAAAAUGUGUGUAAUAUUUGCCUAAAACACAAAAAAAGCAGUACCACAAAUUACAAAUCUUUUUGCUGAAAAAAGCAGGUAUUCAUCAUUAUUAUAAUUUUUAUAUAAUGAUACAUUUGUGUUAGUGAUGUACAGCUCUCAUCAGGAGCCAAAUCUAAAUCAUACCUUGACCUAAGUGAUUAUGUAUAAAUCAGUUAUUAUUAUUAUUUUUUGUUUUGUUUUAUUUCUAGCAUGCAGCCUUCAUUGUGUACAAAGUAGGCAUUGCAGUUUUUUGUGACAGACUUUGUUACAUACCUUUUAAAAAAGUGCAAGAUUUUACAUGAAAUACUCCAUUUAAAUAGUGGGAAUAAUUGUUCAAAUUUGUACUGUACAUUUAUUAUGGUCAGAAAAUUGAAAAUAAAGAAGUCUCAGUCCCA